CAAUAAAAAACAGAACAUGAGUUCCAAUGCGCUUAGUGGUGGUUUAGACAACCCUUGUUUCGUCAUCGACUCGUCCGAACUGUCGAUUCAAUCAUUACAAGAAUUGGAUACGCAACAUAUUCAGAUCGAUUCUGGUGAUGAUGCUCAAGGGGAGAAUUUUGAUUGUGCAUUAUCUUUGUCCAAUGGCAGUGAAAAGUAUUCGUUGGAAAAUGCGCCUCCCGUAUUAACUAGGACAAGUAUCAGUACAAGUACUACAUCUAGUGCUCCGCUGGAACAUUUGGAAAACUUUCUAAGCGAUGCUCGAUCCAGCUUGGACGAUUCUCCAGUUGCUGCCCUAAGGAGACUUAGCGUGGUGAAAUUUGAUCCACCUGAAGAGGGUUACUUAAGGUACAGAUCGCCAAUAAUAUGGAAACUUGAUCGUCUAAUGCAAAGCUUUCCAGUCAACCUUCUGACCACUCUUUGCAUUUUGUCUGAUCUCGGAGUUGUAGUUGCAGACGUCAUCGUGAACAGUCUGGUAUACCAGAUAGAAGUUUCAGGAAGCGCUGACAGCAUCACAAAUGGAUCGAACGUCAUCUAUGUACGAGAUAACUACGUCAUAACGGAUUUCAUUUUAUCUGUUUACUUGCUUAUUGAGCUUCUUCUACGUAUCGUCGCUGUAGGAUUAAUCCCUUUUGUUCAACAAUGGCACAAUGACUUGGAUGCCUUGGUGACUUUUUCGACCUUCAUUUUCUCCUUGGUUGAUUUGAUCGUUGAUGACACCCCGACAUCCAACGGCUUACAAUACCGGCUGCUGCAAACCGCUAGAUUGUGCCGUCUGUUCAGAAUCGUGCGCGUAUUCAGAAUUUUUACUAUGCAGAGGCGCUUGGCCAAUGCUGCUAGGCUAAUGGUCUCUAGAAACAAGCGCAGAUACCAGUACGACGGAUUUGAUUUAGAUUUAACAUAUGUCACAGAUAAAAUCAUUGCGAUGAGCUUCCCAUCUUCAGGAAAAAUGUCCUUCUAUCGGAACCCAAUGUCUGAAGUCGUCCGACUUUUGGACACAAAACAUCCAAAUCGCUACAAGGUUUACAAUUUAUGCAGUGAGCAUAGCUACAGUCCGUCCUAUUUUCAUGGGAGAGUUGCAAAUUUUCCGAUUGACGAUCACAAUGUGCCAACUUGUAGGCAAAUGAUUGAAUUUACUACGAGUGUUCGCAACUGGUUAGAAUCUGAUCCCAACAACGUGAUUGCUGUUCAUUGCAAAGGUGGGAAAGGUCGCACGGGAACCAUGAUAUGCGUUUGGCUUGUGGAAGCGGAACUGUUUCUGAAGGCAGAGGAUUCUUUGGUUUACUUUGGAUCACGCAGAACCGAUACCCGAUACGGACAUUCGUUUCAAGGCGUGGAAACCCCUUCGCAGUGCCGAUACGUACACUAUUACGAAAGGAUCAAAGAAAACGGAGGGGAUUUACCACCAGAUAAAAAAGUCCAUCUACGAAAAAUACGGAUGGAAGGUAUUUCACAGCUGGGAAAGGGGGACGGCUCAGAUUUUACCGUUGAAGUUUAUGAUAACCGAGGCACAUCUCCCGUGUUCCAAGCUGAUUUUCGGAAACAACAUUGCUGCCAGACUAUUUUCCUAGCAAGAGAGGAAGCCGUCGAAUGCUUAUUAAGCAAGGCACCACCUAUUCAGGGGGACGUGCAGAUCAUAAUCCGUCAUCGAUCGAGGAGCGUGCCUAGAGGCUACAUGAAUGCUGUUCUAUACUUCUGGUUCAAUUGCAGUUUCAUAGAUAACAACAGGCUACGGUUAAAACGAGAAGAAUUGGACAAUCCACACAAAUCCAACACUUGGCGGUAUUUUACACCUGAUUUUGUCGUUCAGCUAGACUUUAGCGAGUGCAAUCGAACAGAUGCGGAUGCAAGUUUGUCCAUGACAUCACCCGAAUUCUUAUAAAAUGUGAUGAAGUGCUUUUAAUAAAUAUUAAUGAAAUGAUGAUCAUUAUUUUAAAUCGGAAAUCCGGCUAUAU